AGUUUGACACCCCUGGUUGAGAAAGAAUCAUCCGCGAUAUAGACAGACAGAACAGUGAGAAGCAAUACAGAAGUUACACUUGCUAUUUUAUAAGUCACCAGUAGAGUGCAGCACUGACCACCGCUGCCUAAAAUGUAAUGACAUUGAAACGGCGAAGAAGAAUAUUGUUCAACAAGGAAGUCGAUAAAUCGACAGGAAACCUUCGCUGGCUUCCUUUUGUUUUGUUUGUAUUUUGUUUCUUUUUAUUGCUACCGUUAUUGUUUUUACCAAGACGGCCAUUUGGAUUAAGUAACAAUCGGUGGGUAGUUUUGUUGUUCGUCUUUACUUAGUUUUUGUGUAACUACCGACACGGUUUGACGUUAGCUUCGUAGGCUAAUAACAGAGCUAACAGGCCUGAAGGCCAUCUGUCCGUUGUUUGUCGGCCUAUCAGCAGCCUGUUAUCCCUUUAAACUCAAAUGUUAUUAGUACAUUUUACACAUCUAAAUAUUGACGUUGCUGCUUACAAGCUACUUAUUUGGUUUCGUUGAGGUGUCCCUAGCAACGAAGCGUUGACGCCGCUUGGAAUUAGUAAAAAUAAUCCAACUUUCUAAAAGGACUGGAAGACGAGCAUGUAUGCCCCGCCGGGUUCUGCAGCUCCUGGAAGCCGGAGAAGAAGAGGAGGCACCCCUUUACCCAAGCAACCAGAGCGGAGUCUGGUCUCAGCUCUGCCCGGAGCCCUGUCAAUUACCGCCUUGUGCACGGCUCUGGCUGAACCAGCCUGGCUCAGGGUUCAUGGAGGCACCUGUCCCAGACAAGAACUGGGGGUGGCGGAUGUCUUAGGCUACAUCGACCCCAAGCUUCUGGACGAUUACUGUGUGAACCCGCAGACCAUCUUGUUGCUCAGAGUGAUCGCAGCCUUCUGUUUCCUGGGCAUCUUCUGUAGCCUGACAGCGUUUCUCCUGGAUGUGUUUGGACCUAAGUACCCUGCCCUCAAGAUCACACGAAGAUAUGCCUUUGCACACAUCCUCACGGUGCUGCAGUGUGCCACCGUCAUAGGUUUCUGCUACUGGGCCUCAGAGCUGGUCUUGUCCCUGCAGCAGCAACACAAGAAGUAUCACGGCUCCCUUGUGUACGUCACCUUCGCCAUCAGCUUCUACCUGGUGGCGGGGGCCGGCGGAGCCUCCAUUCUCGCCACAGCCGCCAACCUCCUGCGACACUACCCCACCGAGGAAGAGGAGCAGGCUUUAGAACUGCUCUCUGAGAUGGAGGACAGCAGCGAAACAUUUCCUGCCGAUUAUGACAUUGCGAACCAGUUUCAGCCGCCGCCCGCCUACACACCCUGACAGGCCUCGCUGGCAUCACUGUGCUAGAGGAGCAAACAUGCUCACAGUCAAAUGGAUAUCUUUGCAAAUACUCUCCAUAGUUGAACACGGCGUGCACCGCAAGUGCACACGCGCCAUGACUGACAAGCGCUUCAGUGCAUGAGAGAAAUGUGGGUCACUGAUGGUGUUGAUUUGCAUGUAAAUGGCUUGUAGGAAUUGCUUCUCUAUCUAAAGCAAAAAUGCUCAACAUGGCUGAUGACGUAAUUGAUUAAGCAGCCUGAUCGAUGGUGAUUCUUAUUGAAAGCGUGGCUAGAUUUGGGUUCCAGUAGGCCAUGGGCGGAGCUUUGCAAUGUUUUUAAAAAAGAUGUGCUUAUGUUGCUGAUACAUCAAAAGUGCAGAAAAAUACUGAGAUUUCUUUUAUAAAUAAUAUCAAACAGCCCUUUAUUUAUUGAUUAGUUCAUUUGUCCUGGUUUGAAUACUGUUGCUGAUUUAGUCUUACGUGAUGACAUCAGUGGGUGAGAAAAUGGAACCUGCACCACAUAGAAGAUAAAGAAUGUGUUUGGCAGUAAAAGUAAGAUUCAGAUUCAACAGAAACCUCACUUCUUGAGUUGGUCUUGUCAUGUUUGUAUAGCAUAUUUCAAAACAACUUUAUUUGUACCUUGUGACCCGGUAGUGUUUCUAUGCAUGUGAAAUAUUUUGCAAGACGGAUUCAAGUUGUGAUUAGCGUGGUGAUUGUAGUUUGUUGUGUGCUCUUAUGUUUACACAAUUUCUGCUUUUUAUUCCUGGAUUUUGGUUUAUAUGUUUAUCAUUAUGUAAAUAUUGUUUAUACAUUUAAAAGGUGUUCAAAAUAAAACAAAUGCCAUUUGUCUUU